AUGAUAGAUUUUAGCAAACGAUCGUUUUGGAAUUUCACAUUAAAAGAUAUAUUAAGUAUUAUAUCUUCAGUUGCUAUACCCAUAGCUCUGGCUAUUUAUACUGCAAUUGGGUCUCAACAACAGAAACAACAAGCUGAGAAAAAACAAAAGUUUGAUUUUGAACAAUCGAGAGAAUUAAGACAACAAACACUUUAUGAUGAAUUUCUAAAUAAUAUUUAUAAAUUAGAUAAAGAUGACUAUCUCAACGAUUCAAAAAAUCCAUGGGCAUUUGCAAAUGCAUAUUAUCGUGCUGCUCAUCGUCAAUGGGAUACAAUACGUAAAGCAGAUGUUUUACAAUUUCUGAAAGAAAAACAAUUAAUUGGUAGAAAUAAUUGUACUAAUGGAUGUAGAACGACAAAUUUAGAUGAUAUAAUCCGUUUAAAUGAGUUAAAUUUUGAUAAUGUACAUCUAGAAAGUCAAACUGGUACAUUACAUCAACUGAAUUUGCAAUGUGUUUCUUUUGAUCAAGUAUCAAUGUCAAAUGCAAUAUUUUCAUUUGCUAGUUUAAAUGGUGUGUCAUUUGAUGGAGGUCGAUUAGAUAAGGUGAAAUUUGAUGGUUCAUCUUUAGUUUGUGCUAGUUUUAAUGGUGUAAAUCUGUCAGGAGUAGAUUUUGGAAACUCAGAUCUGACAAAUGCACAGUUUUUGAAUAGUGAUUUAUCGAACGCUAGAUUAACGGAAGAUCAAAUAAAACAGGCAUAUUUUCAUAAUGUAACUAUGCCAAAUGGAGAAAAGAAUGAUAUUACAUCAUCAACGACAAUAAAAAAACCUAUAGCACAAAAAACAACAACAAUAUUAAAAACAGAAAUCACAACAACAUCAUCAACAUCGUCGACGACAACAACAACAUCAACCGCUCGUUAUAGUAUAUUUCUUAGUCAAACCGUUUACUCAGUUGGUCAACGUCCAGAAUCAGUAGCAGUAGCCGAUGUGAACAACGAUAAUAAACCCGAUAUUGUUACCGUAAAUAAAAUCUCAAACACCAUCAGUGUUCUUCUCAACGUAGGCAACGGUACUUUUUCUUCUCAAACUAAUUAUUCAGUUGGUCAAUAUCCAGACUUAGUAGCAGUAGCCGAUAUGAACAGUGACAAUAAACCCGAUAUAGUCACUGCACAUGGUGCUUUCAACGUCAGUGUUCUUCUCAACACAGGCAAUGGCAGUUUUUCUCCUCCAACUAUUUACGCAGUUAAAGGCGCAUUUAUACGAUCGAUAGCAGUAACUGAUGUGAACAACGACAAUCAACCCGAUAUUAUCACUGCAAACUGGAAUACAGAUGCUAUCAGUAUUCUUCUUAACAUAGGCAACGGCAAUUUUUCUCCUCAAACUACUCACGCAGUUGGUGACAGUCCAUGGUCAGUAGCAGUAACCGAUCUGAACAACGACAAUAAAUCCGAUAUUGUUACUGCAAAUAGAGAUUCAAACACCGCCAGUGUUCUUCUCAAUAGAGGCAACGGCACUUUUUCAUCUCAAACUAAUUACUCAGUUGGUCCAUAUCCAUAUUCAGUAGCAGUGAUCGAUGUGAACAGUGACAAUAAACCCGAUAUUAUCGUCACAAAUAUUGGUGACAACACCGUCAGUGUUCUUCUCAACGUAGGCAAUGGCACUUUUUCUUCUCAAACUAAUUACUCAGUUGCUGGAGGUGUGAUGUCAAUAGCAGUAGUCGAUGUGAACAGUGACAACAAACCUGAUAUUGUCACUACAAAUACAGAUGCAAACACCAUCAGUGUUCUUCUCAACGUAGAUAACGGCACUUUUUCUUCUGAAACUAAUUACUCAGGUGGUCGAAAUCCAUAUUCAGUAGCAGUGAUCGAUGUGAACAGUGAUAAUAAACCCGAUAUUAUCGUCACAAACAUUGGUGACAACACCGUCAGUGUUCUCAUACACUCUUAA